AAAAGCAGUCACGCUAUCCCAAAAUUUCUAAUGGUACCAAAACCGAUUCUUCUCUAAACACCACGCACUUCUACACAUUUCAAGAGAACAAUGGAUUCUUCUAAGGUUCCUGUUAAGUUGGCUAAGGUCAUCAAAGUUUUAGGUCGCACAGGCUCUCGUGGUGGAGUUACUCAAGUCCGUGUUGAAUUUAUGGAUGACACCUCUCGUUCCAUCAUCCGUAACGUCAAGGGACCUGUCCGUGAGGAUGACAUCUUGGUUCUUCUUGAAUCUGAGCGUGAAGCUAGAAGAUUGCGUUAAAUCUAGCUUUGGUUUGACGCUGGUUGUUUCAGAGCUAUAAAAAUAACAUCAUCUUCAUGAAGAGCGAAAAACUACUAGUUGUUGAUUGUUGGUGUAGUGAAUAUGUAAAUGCGAUAAGUGGAGACGUUAAAAAUUUGUAAUCACGGCUGGUGAAAUAC